CAACGCUGCUCUCUGCCCUCUGCCUCACCGAUCUCGGUCUCUCCUGCAGCGCAAGCCCUCCUUCCUGAGCCAUCAUCCCGCUAAAUCUUCAGCCUUGAUCUCGGGGGUAUAUCUGCUGUUGUGCUGAAUGGCUAUGACGCAGUCAAGGAGUGCCUUGUCCAUCAAAGUGAAAUUUUUGCAGACAGGCCCUCUCUUCCCUUGUUCAAGAAGCUGACAAACAUGGGAGGCUUACUGAACAGUAAAUAUGGCAGAGGAUGGACAGAACACCGCAAAUUAGCUGUAAAUACCUUUCGAAUUUUUGGAUAUGGUCAAAGGUCCUUUGAACACAAAAUUUCAGAAGAAUCUCUCUUUUUUCUUGAUGCCAUUGAUACAUACAAAGGCAGACCAUUUGAUCUUAAGCACUUGAUAACAAAUGCUGUUUCAAACAUUACUAAUUUGAUUAUUUUUGGAGAACGUUUCACAUACGAAGAUACUGAAUUUCAACACAUGAUUGAGAUUUUUAGUGAAAACAUUGAAUUAGCUGCUAGUGCUUCUGUAUUUUUAUAUAAUGCUUUUCCUUGGAUUGGUAUCUUGCCAUUUGGGAAACACCGGCAGCUGUUUAAAAAUGCAGCUGAAGUCUAUGAGUUUCUUCAUGAGCUUAUUGAACGUGUCUCUGAAAAUAGGAAGCCUCAGUCACCUCGACAUUUCGUAGAUGCAUAUUUAGAUGAGAUGGAUUGCAAUGGAAGUGACCCAGAAUCUACGUAUUCAAGAGAAAAUUUAAUUUUCUCUGUUGGAGAACUCAUCAUAGCUGGGACAGAAACCACAACAAACGUUUUAAGAUGGGCAGUGUUAUUUAUGGCUCUUUAUCCAAACAUUCAAGGGCAAGUUCAAAAAGAAAUCGAUCUUGUCGUUGGCCCAAACAAAAUGCCCACCUUAGAAGAGAAGUGCAAGAUGCCCUACACUGAGGCUGUUCUACACGAGGUUCUGAGGUUCUGUAACAUAGUCCCCCUAGGGAUUUUCCAUGCAACUUCCAAAGACACUGUUGUGCGUGGUUACACGAUUCCUGAAGGCACCACAGUCAUUACUAACCUCUACUCUGUUCACUUUGAUGAAAAAUACUGGAACAAUCCAGAAGUGUUUUCUCCUGAGAGAUUUUUGGACAGUAAUGGGCAGUUUGUCAAGAAAGAUGCAUUUAUUCCUUUUUCACUCGGAAGAAGACAUUGUCUUGGAGAACAGCUGGCUCGAAUGGAAAUGUUUCUGUUUUUCACCUCGUUGCUACAACGAUUUCACCUGCAUUUUCCUCAUGGAGUGAUCCCAGAGCUCAAGCCAAGAUUAGGGAUGACCUUACAACCACAGCCGUACCUCAUCUGCGCCGAAAGGCGAUGAAGGGAAGGGUUGAGAUGGGCAGGUGGAGCACAGUGCUCCAAGCUACAGCUCAGGAUCCACUUUGCCUUCCUUCUAUUCAAGUCAGAAUAACAAAAAUUUAAAGGACUAAUAGUUUCUUUUUACGUGGUUUUCACACUAAAAAACCAAACUUGAACCAAAGGUGUGGAACACAUCCUGUGUGAAACUGAUGUUUUCACUCCAGAAGACUAUUUUGAAUCUACCUUCUGAUACAGUUUCUAAAUAUUUAAUUACUUAGCAAGCCAUUUUACUUUGAAAGGAUAUUUUCAUAAGCAUGGAGAAUAUGGUUUAAAAUGUUUAUGCUUGAAUUCAUCCGUGGAAAUACCAUUUACAUUAUUCCAGCUAAGCCAUUCUUUGUAAUUCUCCAUUAAAUUUUCAUAGCUAACAGGGGUUUAAAAGGUAUCUAUUUAAAUAUCUGUAACCGAGAAUAAACUGUAUUUUCCAGCCUUGAAAAACAGUUUGUCUAUUAAAGCAUUUUAAUCCUUC